CGGCAAGCCAAACAAGCCAAACAUUUCUUGGUCUUUUCUGCCGCGACAAAAAAGUGAAGGAAAACAAAGGAGUUAACAAGGGACAACAAAUAAUAAAUGGACAAUCCAACAACGCCAUCAACCCUCUGCGAUUGAAAGAUAGAUACACCUCUCUCAUUACCCCCGGACACUGUACAACCUGUUAGAUAUCCCGCAUCCAUUAGCUUGGACCCUGUGGAUGAAUCUUCGUUGUGGGCUCCUUAAAACCCGCUAGUCGCUGUUGCUCGGCUGCCUUCUGGGGUUCUUCCAUUGAGCUUUAGCCACAGCCUUUGUCAAAACCUCCGCUUGAUUAGUCCAGACAGAGAAUACGGCUUGACGACCUGUUCUCAGCCUCGUUAUCUUCUCUUCUCUUCUGUUUUAUUUUCCUUUUAUUUAUUUAUUUAUUUUUUUUCCGUUCCCAAUUUACUACUUGUGCGCCUUCUCUUGCAGUGCGCUGUAUCUAAUCCCCGUGGCGGAAUUUUCUCCCGCUCUCCACCACACAUUAUCUGCCUACUACCUCACAUAUUAGUUAAAUCACUAAGAGUCAAAAUCGAAAAUUCAACUCUCAAAAAGCGAAAAUAGAAAACAGCCAGCCGCAGCACCGCGCUCGCCGAUCCCUUUCCUAUUCUCCUCUCCAUCCCCCCCCUCCCCCGUCUUCACGCCAUGGAAAUGAGCUCCAAGCGCAAGCACAGCAGUGGGCCUAUCUCCCUCCGUUCCGCAAAACACCUCCGCCCAGACACCUCCUCCCCGCAGCCAUUGAGCCCAGACGAACAAACACUCGGCGAAGAGGCCGUCUACGUCCUCGAAAAUGAAGACGAAGAUAUUUCCCACAUGCUUCCCCUCGCCCCACCCGCCGCUGCGCAGACAGACUCGCCAGAAUGGCAGGCCACCAUCGAAACGGUCGUGAAGAGCGUCGUCUCGAUCCAUUUCUGUCAGACGGCGUCGUUUGAUACGGAUUUGUCGAUGUCGAGUCAGGCGACGGGGUUUGUGGUUGAUGCGCAGAGAGGGUAUAUUUUGACGAAUCGACAUGUGGUUUGCGCAGGGCCGUUUUGGGGGUAUUGUAUUUUUGAUAAUCAUGAAGAGUGUGAUGUCCGACCUGUUUAUCGAGAUCCUGUUCACGAUUUUGGUAUUUUGAAAUUCGACCCCACCGCCAUUAAAUACAUGCCCGUCACGGAAUUGAAAUUGUCGCCGGACGCAGCAAAAGUUGGUGUCGAAAUUAGAGUCGUGGGCAAUGACGCCGGUGAGAAAUUGAGUAUUCUUUCUGGAGUUAUAAGUCGUCUGGACCGCAAUGCUCCCGAAUACGGCGAAGGGUAUAGCGAUUUCAACACAAACUAUAUCCAGGCUGCUGCUGCGGCUAGUGGUGGAAGUUCCGGAAGUCCUGUCGUGAACAUAGAUGGUCAUGCGAUUGCGCUACAGGCUGGCGGACGUGCCGAUGGCGCCGCUACGGAUUACUUCCUACCCCUCGAUCGUCCACUGAGAGCCCUGGAGUGCAUACGCAAAGGCGUGCCGGUCACGCGGGGCACAAUCCAGACCCAGUGGAUCAUCAAGCCGUUUGAUGAGUGCCGCCGCCUUGGUCUAUCUCCCGAAUGGGAGGCUGCUGUCCGAAAAGGCGCCCCAAAAGAAACCGGUAUGCUUGUUGCGGAAAUCGUGCUCCCUGAAGGCCCUGGCGACGGCAAGCUACAGGAAGGGGACGUGUUGAUCAAGGUCAACGGGGAGCUCCUGACACAGUUUGUAAAGCUGGAUGCGAUUUUGGAUGCCAGUGUGGGUAAGGAUGUCCACCUUCUUGUGCAGCGCGGUGGUGAGGAUAGGGAAGUCUCAUGUACAGUUGGAGAUCUCCAUGAAAUCACCCCUGCUCGCUAUAUUACCGUUGCUGGUGCGACGUUCCAUGACCUCUCCUACCAACAGGCCAGACUUUAUGCGAUCGCCUGUAAGGGGGUGUAUGUUUGCGAAGCUGCGGGUUCGUUCAAACUUGAAAAUACCUUUUCUGGAUGGAUAGUAGAUACGGUGGAUAAACGACCUACGAAAAAUUUGAAUGAAUUUAUUGAAGUUCUGAAAACCAUUCCAGAUCGCGCGCGAGUUGCUUUGUCAUAUAGGCAUAUUCGAGAUUUACAUACCAGAGGAACAUGCAUAGUGCACAUAGACCGCCACUGGCAUCCACAUAUGAGGGAAGCAGUCCGCAAUGACGAGACUGGACUAUGGGAUUUCACGAACAUUGCAGAUCCACUUCCCGCGGAAACCCCAGUUCCUCGGAAAGCCGAUUUCAUCCAACUUGACGGUGCCAACCAUCCAGCAGCUGCAGAUAUCGUUCGCAGUUUCGUCCGCGUCUCUUGCACAAUGCCAGUGAAGCUUGAUGGGUAUCCACAAGCCCGCAAAGCCGGAUUUGGCCUCGUCGUCGAUGCGGAGAAAGGUCUCGUGCUUGUUUCCAGAGCUAUUGUGCCUUUUGAUCUUUGUGAUAUCAACGUAACCGUAGCGGACUCUAUUAUCGUCAUUGCCAAAGUGGUUUUCCUCCAUCCAUUACAGAAUUACACGAUUAUCCAAUAUGACCCUAGUCUCGUGCAGGCGCCGGUCAAGACAGCGCGGCUGAGCACUACCUACAUCAAGCAAGGCGCCGAUACCAUAUUUGUCGGCUUUAAUCAGAAUUUCCGCAUCGUCGUGGCCAAGACGGCCGUUACUGAUAUCACUACGGUCGCCAUACCCCCCAACGCUUCUGCGCCGCGCUACCGUGCUCUCAACCUUGACGCCAUCACCGUUGACACCGGCCUGAGUAGCCAAUGCUCCAAUGGCGUCCUGAUCGGCGAGGACGGCAUCGUCCAAGCACUCUGGCUCAACUACCUGGGCGAGCGCACCGCCAGCUCUCACAAAGACGUAGAGUACCAUCUAGGUCUCGCUACCCCUUCUCUCCUCCCCAUCAUUAACCAGAUCCAAAAUGGCACCCUACCCAAACUUCGAAUCAUGGAUAUGGAGUCCUACGUUAUCCAAAUGAGCCAGGCGCGCAUCAUGGGCGUGUCAGAAGAAUGGAUCGAGAAGGUCGCCAUCGCCAACCCGGCACGCCAUGAGCUAUUCAUGGUGCGGAAAGUUGACUGUGCCUCCCCAUUAAAGGAGGACACCCAGCAGCUUGAGGAGGGUGAUAUCAUCCUCACACUAAACGACAAGCUCAUUACUCGCGUCUCGGAAUUUGAUAUAAUGUACCACCACGAAACCCUCGACGCGCUUAUUGUCCGCAAUGGCCAGGAAAUGCGUAUUAAGAUCAAGACUGUCCCGACAGAAGAUCUGGAAACGGACCGUGCGUUGAUCUUCUGUGGUGCUGUGCUGCAGAAGCCGCAUCAUGCCGUUCGACAGCAGAUUUCGAAGCUACAUAGCGAGGUCUAUGUCAGCGCGAGGAGUCGCGGCUCCCCGGCCUAUCAAUACGGCCUCUCACCAACAAACUUCAUCACGGCCGUCAACGGCGUCAAAACCCCAGAUCUCGACUCGUUCAUUGAGCAGGUCAACACCAUCCCCAAUAAUACCUAUUUCCGCCUCCGCGCUGUUACAUUUGAUAACGUCCCCUGGGUCGUCACCAUGAAGAAAAAUGAUCAUUACUUCCCCAUGUCCGAGUACGUGAAAGAUCCCUCCGCUGCUGAGGGCUGGCGGACCAUCUCUCACGAUAAAGAACGGCGUCGCUCGGACUCGGAUAACGUCAACGCGGACGCGAUGGAUGAAGGGCGCGAUGAGGGGAUGAGUGAUGUGGAGCCUGAUGGUGAUGAGUAGUAGGAUAAAGUGUUCAUGAGAUAAUAGAGUGUUUGCCUUUUCUUUUCCCCUCAUUGUUUUUCACUUGUUCCAGAACAUGGAUUCGUUCGACUCUAUUUUUCUAAUUGUACUCCUGGAAUGAUAUGGUUUUUUUAUGGCAAUAAUAGAGUGGUACUACUGCACAUGAGCGUGGCUCUUCAUUUCAUCUUCUGUUGGUGCUUGAGUGAGAUAUUGUUUUCAGUUUUCUGGGGUAUUUGGCAUGUGGUAUCCAAGUAGCGGGGGUCUCUAUUUAUGUACUGUACCUUGCUGUUAAUGGUACCUCAUUUCUUAUGAGCUAGAAUAGAGGGUUUUUAUAUUUUCUUAUCCCCAUGUUUAAGAUUACGUAGUCUUUUCUUCAUCCUAUGGCGUUUCAAAAAUUGGGUAUUAAUACAAUUUAACCAAGAAAAAAAGCCUUCUAUUGAGUUAUCCUUACAUUUUACCAAUAUAUAAUCAGCAUCGAGUGGCAGGGCAUGAU